GCCUCGACUGAACUCACUCAGGGCAGGACCUGCUCGGAGGCGUCCCCGCCCCGGGGCUCAUGUGUAGACACGCCGCGCGGGCAAUCCGGAGCGCUCUGUGCCUGGAGCGAAGCCAUGUGCCACUGAAGCGAAGCGGGCGCGGCCCGGCUCCCGGGGGAAGCCAGAUCUGGGACCCACCCCCGAGCCCGCACCGGAGACGAGCUAUAAAGUUCCGUGCAGACUUCGCAGCGGCCCGGGAAAGCGCAUCCGCCCCCGGCUCCGCGGCGUUGCUGCGCCCCGGCCGGAGCCAGCCCGGAGCAGAGACCCUCUGGCACGGGAGGCGCCGGGCAUGGCCGCCCAGGGGGUGCGCCCCGCGUUCGGCUGGCUGGCCGUGAGCGGCUGCCUGCUGGCCAUGGCACAGGUGGAUUCUGAUGACACGAUUACCACGGAGGAGCAGAUUUAUCUUCUCCUGGAAGCCAAAAUUCAGUGUGAAUUAAACCUCACAACCCAACUACAAGAAGGAGAGGGUAACUGCUUUCCAGAAUGGGAUGGACUAAUAUGCUGGCCCAGGGGCUCACUGGGAAAAAAGAUGGCUGUCCCAUGCCCUCCUUAUAUAUAUGACUUCAAUCACAAAGGGGUGGCUUUCAGACACUGUAGCCCUAAUGGAACAUGGGACCUUGUGCAGGGUUUGAACCGAACGUGGGCCAAUUACUCUGACUGCCUUCGCUACUUACAGCCAGAAAUCAGCCCGGGGAAGAGGGAAUUCUUUGAACGUCUCUACAUUAUGUAUACUGUUGGAUAUUCUAUGUCCUUCAGUUCCCUGGCAGUGGCUGUUUUCAUCAUCGGCUACUUCAGGAGGCUGCACUGCACCAGGAAUUGCAUCCACAUGCAUCUCUUUGUCUCUUUCAUGCUAAGAGCUGCCAGCAUCUUUAUCAAGGACAAAGUUGUGCAUACGCACAGAGGAGUCAAAGAGCUGGACUCGCUGCUGAUGAGUGACCUCCAGAGCACUGUAGUGGCACCUGCAAUUGACAAGUCACAAUACGUGGGGUGCAAGAUUGCGGUUUUGAUGUUUAUUUACUUCUUAGCCACCAACUACUACUGGAUCCUGGUUGAAGGCCUCUACCUGCACAGCCUAAUCUUCGUGGCUUUCUUUUCGGAUACCAAAUACCUGUGGGGUUUCACCUUGAUAGGCUGGGGAUUUCCGGCUGUCUUUGUAGUAGCCUGGGCAGUGGUCCGUGCAACGGUGGCAGAUGCAAGAUGCUGGGAGCUCAGUGCCGGCGCUAUCAAAUGGAUUUACCAAGCACCGAUAUUAGCAGCCAUUGGGCUGAACUUCAUUCUGUUCCUGAACACCGUACGGGUUCUGGCAACCAAAAUAUGGGAGACAAAUGCUGUUGGGUAUGACACAAGGAAACAAUACAGGAAGUUAGCAAAGUCCACCUUGGUUCUGAUUCUGGUCUUCGGGGUGCAUUAUAUUGUCUUUGUGUGCCUACCGCACACUUUCACCGGGCUAGGAUGGCAGAUCCGAAUGCACUGUGAGCUCUUCUUCAACUCUUUCCAGGGUUUCUUCGUCUCCAUCAUCUAUUGUUACUGCAAUGGAGAGGUUCAGACUGAAAUCAAGAAGACUUGGACUAGAUGGAACCUGGCUAUUGACUGGAAAAGGACGACUCCAUGUGGCAAUUACAGAUAUGGCUCCGUCCUAACCAACAUGACCCACAGCACCAGCAGCCAGUCUCAGAUGGUGGCCAGCUCUCGCAUGGUUCUGAUUUCCAGCAAAGUCUGCAGAAAUGCCAGUAGGCAAAAUGAGGCACACAUGAAUUUGCCUGGGUACGUUAGGAGCAACACUGAACAGGACUGUGUGCACCACUGGGUUCGUGAAGAGGCCAAUGAAAAUGAAGAGGAGCAGGUGGAUGAUAUAUCGCUCAAGGAAUCACUUAGACCGCGGGGUAGUAGCACAGACCCUGAGCGGAACAGGGUAGAAAUGGAGGAGGCUCUGUGAACAGUCAUGGACAUCCAUGGGGAUGUCCAAUAUAAAACGAGUUGAAUCCUCUUAUGAUGCCAACAGCUACUAGUAUCUGUAUACUGCCUUGAGCCAAUCUCGGUGAAGAUCUUGGUCAAUGAUGAAGCUCAAUUUACAAGGACUCCAGACCUACAUAAUGCUGCUGACUACGCAAAAUGGUUUCUAUGCCACUGUCAAGGUUCCCUCCCCACUCUGAACUCUAGGGUACAGAUGUGGGGAUCUGCAUGAAAGACCCCGUAAGCUUAUUUUUAUCAGCUUAGGUUAAAAACUUCCCCAAGGUACAAACUUUGCCUUGUCCUUGAACCCUAUGCUGCCACCACCAAACGUGUUAAACAAAGAACAGGAAAAGAGACCACUUGGAGAUGUCUUCCCCCAAAAUAUCCCCCCAAGCCCUACACCCCCUUUCCUGGGGAAGGCUUAAUAAAAAUCCUCACCAAUUUGUACAGGUCAACACAAACCCAAACCCUUGGAUCUUAAGAACAAUGAAAAAGCAAUCAGGUUCUUAAAAGAAGAAUUUAAUUAAAGAAAAGGUAAAAGAAUCACCUCUGUAAAAUCAGGAUGGUAAAUACCUUAUAGGGUAAUCAGAUUCAAAACAUAGAGAAUCCCUCUAGGCAAAACCUUAAGUUACAAAAAGAAACAAAAACAGGAAUAUACAUUCCACCCAGCACAGCUUAUUUUACCAGCCAUUAAACAAAAGGAAAUCUAAUGCAUUUCUAGCUAGAUUACUAACUAACAGAAGUUCUGAGACUGCGUUCCUGAUCUGUUCCUGGCAAAAGCAUCACACAGACAGACCCUUUGUUUCCCUGCUCCAGCUUUGAAAGUAUCUUGUCUCCCCAUUGGUCAUUUUGGUCAGGUGCCAGCGAGGUUAUCUUAGCUUCUUAACCCUUUACAGAUGAAAGGGUUUUGCCUCUGGUCAGGAGGGAUUUUAUAGUACUAUAUAAAGAAAGGUGGUUACCCUUCCCUUUAUUUUUAUGACAGCCACAAAUGGCAAAGGCACAAAAAAGUGAAUUUUUAGCCAGAGGCUUUAUACACGAUAAAACAUUCUGUUGAGACACAGCCAUUCUUUAUAUGCUUACACUACCUGCAUUACACUUAAAACUCUGCACAGCAAACACAUCUUAACUGGUUUAUGCAAAUGCUCUUCUGAAGGCAUGUGAAAGGUGACUCCUCCAUUUGUACACCUGAAAGGUGGAAAUCAGAAGGUUUACAGUAUAUGCAUGUGAAGGGAUUCUCUGGACUCCAAAAUGUCUUCGCUGUGAAUCACAGGGCUGGGAAAAACUUAAGGGUUUCCAUCCAGUACCUUGUGAACUUUGAUCUCAAAGCGGAAUGUUUCAAAUCAUGUUUUUAAACUGAGAUGCUACUUACGUUUGAUUAUUUAUACUAUUGCUUUAGUUUGUUUUAUGGAAACAUCCAAACCAAAACCUCAUGUACUAUGCGACCUAAAUUCUCUAAUGAGACAGCCCCUACUGCAUGCACUGAGCUCUGCAGUGAUUUGGGAAUUAAGUGGCAAUACUAACUGAAUAUGAAAUCAUUUGAAAACCUUCCGGGUAACUGAAAUAAUGCUAAAAAGAGCACCAGAAAAUUUAAAUAUAAUUAGUGCCCUGUAGUGGAGGAAUGUCUCCUGCUGUAUGUCGAUCUCUGAAAGACUUUGAUGUUGGACAGCGAAUGGGUUUGUGCCCUCUGAAUCUCCAUUAAACAUCAAAAGAAGCCGUGAUUGGAUGAAUAGAGACCUGAACUACUUCAGCCAGCUUCAGUACUGUGUCAAAAGCACUUUUAUUAAACACGUCAAGAUCUUUGCCAGAUACUUACUUCCUGUUGGCCAACUUUGGUCCAAAGAUCCUUAUGCGGAGAUCAAAUUCUUCUGCUGGCACACAAUCCCACUCCAUUCUUCCAUGGAUUUCCAAGCAGUGGAGUUCUGCUACAGGGGGGAUCGGAUACACAGUCUGGCAGCUGCCUACACCACGUCUCUCCACAGCCCCUCUAAGUGCACCCCUCUGACAUGCUUCUGCUGUCCAGGCAAUUUUUCAUUGCUUCCCCUCAUGCGGAGCUGCUAUGUAAAGUGGAGAAGACGCAGUUGAGCUCAGAUGUGGUAAUGGACAUGGUAUAACAAUCGGACAGAACAGUUAAGGAGCUGCUGCUUGCCUCGCCAUGUUGGCCUAGGUAGGGGGAACUCAUGAGAGAGCCCCUAAAUGGAAAUGCAAUGGCUCCCAUCGUGGUAGGCUAGUGCUGCCGUCCGUGCCACAGUCUUGACUCUUAGAAAGAUUUCACUCUUUCUGCCUUCUGCUCGGCCAUAACAAGGGCAACGGCAGAGGGGGAAGCCCAGGAAAUGCACUGAAUUCCUCCCUUGUGAGAAAAACUCACACCAUGGCCCAGGGGUGAAGAUGGCAGCAAAAAGGCCAUUUUUGUGGUGCUGCUGUGUAAGCUGGACCGCUUGGGGUGGGGUGGAAGGUGCAGUAUGCUGCCAUUCACAUCCCCACAUGUCUACAUGAGGCGGGGGGGAGGGAGGGCUUCCAUCCUAACUAUUGAGAAGUACCAGAGUGUGCUGUAAAACACGGAAAUGUUUUUUAAAUGACUGAAUUUGGGGGAAAUGGGUGAAAAUAGUUUAAAUUUCAUCUGAGUGUCAAUUGAGCCGAAAAGACUGAGAUAACUAACGAAGCAAUGAUCUGUUUGGAGUAGAUUUGAAAUUUACCAGGAACGGCAGCGCAUUUCUCCCUACAAGGCAUGAAAAGAAGAACAGGCCAGGGCGAUGCCAAGUCCGCUGUCUGGGAACUGCAUGAUUUCCCACAAAAAGUCCCAGAUCCCACAGCAACUUGGUUUAUCCCAAUUGGAUUUGGCAUGGGCUAAGCUCGGUCAUGUCUGAAUGAAACAUCAGAGGGCUGAUGCUGUGAAGUGCUAACUGAUGUUAGAUGUCCAUUGUGCUGUUUCGGUUGCUGUUGUUUCAUGAUUUUGUUGGGUAACUAUUGUUCAGUGGCACAUGAGAAACAUUAAAAAACACCCUCCUUUUUUCA